GAGACAAUUGUUGUUGAGGAUUAUAAAAGGAAGAGAAAAAAGAUGAUAUGUUAGAUUCGCAAAGAACAAACCCGAUCCCAACCAUUAUCUCAUUAUCUACAAUGAUGCGAUUUACAGUUUUCCCUCUCGUUGCUAUUGCAACCAUUUUUGGCAUUGCAUUUGCUGGACCUAUCUCUUUGGAAGAACGUUCUAGUGGUCUGUCUUGCGGACCAGUACUUCAAACUACAGAUAAGUUAGGCUAUGGUGACUCAACCGGUGGUUAUCCAAGAUUCACACUUGGUAAAAAGGUUGAUGAACAUGGACAAUGGCAAGUUACACAAUUAGAAGAUGGCGCUGAAACAUUGAAUGUCAAUAUUCGUGGUUGCAAUUCUACUUACCUUGGCCUCUAUAGUAACACAAACGAUGAGGCCGUAUUCAUGAACCCUUACGGAUACGUUUCAUUCGGCAAAAUCUUCUUAGCAGAAGACAAUAGCAAGUGUCUACAACGUCAUGAAACUUUACCAUCCUCAGAUCCUAACAAGAGUACACAUAUUACCGUUGAAGAAUGUUCGAACGAUGAUGAUGCAACUCAAGCAAGACAAUUUUGGUAUUUCCAAGACAUGUACAACACCGCCAAUCCACUCAUAAAAGCAACAAGCGGAGACAUGCCUUUCAUUCCACUUGAUAUUUUCUUAUCAAACACCAGCCCUCCAGCACUUAUUACUUCUAGAAAGAAUGCUGGUGCUCCCGAAAAUGCCAUCAAUCUUAGUUGAUUUGAAAUCCCUUUCGAUGACAACGAUCAGUCGUCUCUCUCAGUAGACAUUUCUUUCCUCCUUACACUCUAAUUGGAUACCUUUCUUGAGUUCAUUGACGGUCCAUAUGAAUAAGCUGGAUGCGUGCGUACGUGUGCAAAUACAUCGAACGGUCUAUGUAACCGCGCUCAUUCGGCAC